AUGGCGUUACUGCUUGGCACGGCGUGGCUGCUUUUGGCCCAAGGUGUGCUGAUCAACCCGGUGUUUGUCACCGCCUGCUCACAGCAGGAGUUUACCUGCAACGAGGGAUUCUGUGUGCCUUUGGACUCCGUGUGUGACUUCACCGACGACUGCGGAGAUGGCAGCGACGAAGAAAACUGUUCUACGUAUACAAGAUGUGAUUUCGAGGACGGUUUCUGUGAUCUGAUCCAAAGCUCAGAGACCCUCUUUGGAUGGACCAGGACAGCUGAGGCCCCUGGACUUAAACAGGGCCACAGAAACACCUCAGCACAUUUUCUGUCGCUUUCACCCACUGGAGGGAAACAGACCACCGCAGAACUGAUGAGUCCCGUCUUCCUGCCGACUCACAGCUGCCAGAUACAUUUCUACCACUAUGUUGUGGCUCCACAUGGAGAUCUUCAGAUGCUGCUUCAGCCUCAUUUAGCGGGUCAGAGCGCUGAAGUCUGGAAACACUCCACACAGCUCCAGACGGAAACAUGGCAGCGGGCAGCGGUUAACAUCUCCAGCAACCAGAGCUUUCAGAUUGUAAUUCGAGGGGAACUUUCAGCCAGCAGUGAAGCCUCUGAGGUUUUAGCCAUUGAUGAUUUAUCUUUCAGUCCUGGAUGCGUGAUUCUGCCCGAGGCCAGGGUCCCCAGUCUGCCUCCCUGCCCUCAGUCGUGGUUCACCUGCUCUGGAGGGGAGUGUAUCGAGGAGAGCAAAGUUUGCGACUUCACACCUCACUGUCCCAAUGGAGAGGAUGAAGCCAGCUGCCCCUCCGAGUGUGACUUUGAGGACGGCUCAUGCGGCUGGUAUGAGCUCACUCCUGGAGACGGGUUUGACUGGAUCAGAGGCUCCUCUGAAAAGAUACCGCCGGACUAUUAUGAUCACCCACCCCUGCCGGACCACACUACUAACAACACUAAAGGUCAUUUCAUGUUUAUACUGAAAAACAGCAGCAGUCUGUACCCGAAUGCUGUCCUCCGAGGACCCUGGUUCCAGCAAGCAGCCUCGGGGUGCAUCAUGACCUUUUGGCAUUAUAACUCGGGAAUAUCUGUGGGGGCUGCUGACAUGUACCUUCAAUCAAAAGGAACUCAAAACAAGUCUGUCAUAUGGACGACCCUGUACGAUCAAGGAAGACGAUGGAACCGGGUCACCGUUCAGCUGGGCCGCAUCACUCAGCCCUUCCAGAUCGGCCUGGCUAAAAUCAGCCUUGGCGUGUUCGAUGGCGUCUCUGCUUUUGAUGAUAUCUCCUUCAAGAACUGUUCGAUGCCGCCAGCGGUGGCUGUGUGCCCCGAGCACACGCACUUCCACUGCGCGCACACCAAAGCGUGUGUGGAGCGCCUGCGGCUCUGUGACCUUGUGGAUGACUGUGGGGAUGGAUCGGAUGAAGAAGGAUGUUCUCCAGACAUUCAGUGUGACUUUGAAGAUGGACUGUGCAACUGGAAGCAGGAAACGAGCGGAGGGGACGUGUUUGACUGGACCCGCGUCCAGGGUCCGUCUCCGACCCUGGACACGGGCCCCUGGACUGACCACACGCUGGGCAACAGCUCGGGCCACUACCUCUACAUUGAGUCUUCCCUCCCGCAGGAGUUCAAGGACACAGCUUUGCUGCUGAGCCCGGUCUUUGGGCCAACCUACCAGCGUGUCAAGGACCCAGCCUGGUCCCGCAACCACCGCUGUGCCUUUCGCUUCCAUUACUGCAUGUUUGGGUCACACGUGUUCAGCCUGGCAGUGUACCUGAGGACCACCUCCAUCGGCCGCGGCCUCCUGCUCUGGGCUAAAUAUGGAAACCAAGGAAACCUGUGGCACAGGAAGACGUUGUACCUGCACAGUGCUCAACCUUUUCAGAUUUUAAUUGAAGGCACAGUGGGGGAUGAUUUUGAAGGCGACAUCGCCAUCGAUGACCUUUCCUUUCUGGACUGUCAGCUGUUGGAUGGAGAGCUGCCCUCACCGAUCACCCCGGCACAGACCACUCCAGCGCCGACGGUCCUGCCCCACAGCUGCCCCGAGGGGCAGUUUGUGUGUGGCACGCACGGAGAGUGCGUUCUUCUCAGCCAAGUGUGCGACUUCAAACACGACUGCUCCGACGGAUCGGAUGAAACGAGCUGUGUGAAGGAAAAAUGCGAUUUUGAAGGCGGCUUUUCUUGCGGCUGGACGAUUGUUAGCCCUGCUUUCAGUGUGAACCAUGCUUUUCGCUGGGCAGCCGACCAGGGGGAAAGCAUUCAUGAUGGGGAGCAGAACCACCGUCCAACCAAUGACCACACGCUUAACAGCCCUGAGGGUUGGUACAUGUACGCGGACAGCUCAAACGGCGGCUAUGGUCAGAUGUCUGACCUCCAGACACCGGUCAUCUCCUCCGCUGGGCCACGGUGCACCCUGGUCUUCUGGUACCACAUGAACGGAUUCACCGUGGGAACCCUGCAAGUGCUCUUCAGGCACAAAAACAACACCCAUGUGGUUUGGUCUCAGACCGGGAACCAAGGCAACAGAUGGAGACGAGCUGACGUGUUUUUGGGGUCAUCAAAUGACUUUCAGGUGGUGUUUAGAGCGAAACGAGGGAUCAGCUACAUGGGGGAUGUAGUGAUAGACGAUGUCAGCUUCCAGGACUGCUCCCCUGUUCUUCCGUCAGACCAGCCGUGCACAGCAGAGGAGUUUGCCUGCGCUAACGGCCACUGCAUCCCUCAGGACGAUCUGUGCGACUUCAUCAACCACUGCGGGGACAACUCAGACGAGGAUCCUUUCAUCUGCAAGGGCUUUAGCGGACGCUGCAAUUUUGAGUUUGACCUCUGUUCUUGGCGCCAGUGCCGACAGGACGACUUUGAUUGGCUGAUCAAAGCAGGCAGCACCCCGACCUUUGGAACGGGCCCAUCUAAUGACCACACUCUGAGAGAUCCAUCUGGACACUACCUCUACCUGGAGAGCUCUUUCCCUCAGGGUGUGGGCGACACCGCCCGAGUGAUUGGACCCUUGCUGAGCAGAAGGAGUUCACAGUGCAAGAUGCGUUUCUACUUUCACAUGUCUGGAGACGGCAUUGGGACCCUUGGCGUUUUCAUUAAAUCUGAAGGAGGUCUUCACCUCCUGCUGAACCUGACGGGAGAUCAGGGCAACUACUGGAAAAUGAAGGAGCUCCAGCUGAGCUCCACCGCAGACUUCCAGGUGGUGUUUGAAGGCAAGGUGGGGAGCAGCGAAAAGGGGGACAUCUGCCUGGACGAUAUCACUUUUUCUCCAGGGUGCCUCCUCUCCCCCUCACCAUCGGUGAUGGACACCAGUCCUCCUCCUUCUUCGGUUCCUCCGACAGGGUUCUGUCCUCCAGGCGCAUCGGUUUGUGGAAAAGGCAGCUGUUUUACACCAGAGCAGCAGUGCGACUUCACAGACGACUGCGGCGACGGCACGGAUGAGAAGGACUGUGGCACCUCCUGCUCUUUUGAGAACGGUCGUUGUGGUUGGAAGAGCUCGCUGGCUGACAACUUUGACUGGGCGCUCGGUACCGGUUCUGUCCAAAGCAUACGGCCGCCGUACGAUCACACGCUGAUGGAUGAGAAUGGCCAUUUUGUCUAUCUGGAGGCGACCCCGGUGGGACUGAAAGGCGACAAGGCCCACAUAAGCAGUUCUGUUUGGAGAGAGUCAAGUGCUGUCUGCAAGCUGUCCUUCUGGUACUACCUUUCCCAAAAGGCCUCGGGGACCAUCCGGCUGCUGAUCAAGACGGAGAACAGCCUAAUUGAGAUGUGGAACAAAACAGGGCAUCAGGGACACGAGUGGAACCGAGCCGUGGUCCCCCUCAGGAAGCUCAGGAACUUUGCGGUGAUUUUCGAGGGGAUCCGUUCCAGAGACGUGAGCGGCGGAGCUGCCCUGGACGACCUGGAAUACAUCGACUGCGCUCCGAGCGCUGUGGAGCCAGGUAGUUGUCCUGCGGUCACAGACUUCGUGUGUCAGAGCGGCCACUGCGUAGAGUCCCACCUGGUGUGUGACAACAAGGCCGACUGUGCUGAUGAAUCAGAUGAGAUGGACUGUGAACACAUAUUUGGCUCACCCGGUGCUUGUAACUUCAACAUGGAGGACGACAGGUGGAAGCAGAGCUGCCAGCUCUCUCAGGACCCUGACGAUGACUUUGACUGGAGGAUCGGCCGCAAGACAGAAACAGGAGUUGGACCACAAUCUGACCACAGUCCAGAUGGCGGGGGUAACUUCCUGUACAUACACUCGGCCACUCAGAGGGAGGGGGAUGUUGCCAAGGUGACGACUGUGAACCCAUUUCCAGCCAGCAUCGGUCUGUGUCACCUGCGCUUUUGGUUCUUCAUGCACGGCUCUACCAGGAUGGGAACUCUGAAGGUAUUCACUGUUGGACCCAGUGGGACACCUUUGCUUAUGUGGGCUGCUACCGGAAACUAUGGAAACCAGUGGACAUACGCCAACGUCAUCCUGUCCAACACAGGAGAUUUCAGAGUGACCUUCCAGGCGGAGGUGGGGGGAGACAUGUGGACGGACAUCGCCCUGGAUGACAUCUCCUACACCGCGGAGUGUAUGGUUGGAGGACCAGUAACUCCACAGCCGCUGACCUGCGACGCUGAGCACUUCCAGUGUGCGUACUCCUUCCAGUGUAUCCCAAAGAGCUGGUGGUGUGACGGGUUGCCGGACUGCCAGGAUCAUUCUGAUGAAGAGCACUGCCCGACUGCCCUGCCGGGAACCGUUCCUCCUCAGGGUCGCUGUCCUGCCGAGAACUUUCAGUGUUCAGACUAUACCUGCCUCCCCGCCUUACUGCGCUGCGACGGGGUCCCUGACUGCCCCAACGGAGAGGAUGAACACAGCUGCCCGUUGCUGCAGUGCGAGCCGGGAGAACUUGUAUGUGAGAGCUGGCCCGGUUGUAUCCCGCCUCACAUGCGAUGUGACCACGUCCCCGACUGUCUCCCGUACCACUCAGAUGAGUCCAGCUGCCAUGAAUGCCCGCCAACAUACUGCCAGGAUCACGGUUCUUGCUAUAUUGAGGAAAACGGACCUCUGUGCUUGUGCGAGCCGGGAUGGAUGGGCAAUCGCUGCCACGUAAAAGAGAAACCAUCCCUCACCACCUCGUCGCCGACUCUAGAGGCCACACAGCUGGUCUCUGUGUAUGCUGGCAUCGGCAUCGGCAUGGUGCUGCUCUUGGCUGGAGUCGCCGUGUGCUUUCUCGCCCUGUGCAAGAAGAAAUGCGGCUUCAUAAGAGAUGACCCAAUGAAGUGCGGCAUGAUGGAUAAUCCAGGCUUCGACUGGGGAGCAGAGCGCCCAUCAGAGGAGAAAAGUCCAGACGGUCUCCCCGGCAUUUACCCCAAAAGGAGAGAUGCUUCUGGGCUUUCUAUCAGCGUCUACCCCUGGAGAAGAGAGGUGAAGCAGGGUUCAAGCUGGAAAGAUGCCAAGCUAUCCUUCUCCAACCCACUGUACAAUUACCCCAGCGACAGUAAUGGUGCCGGCAACAGAAGCUCUGAAGAAUAAAAUCGAUGGAUUUGAUGGACUGGUUUUUGGGCAGAUUUCCUCGUGUUAAGACGCAGAGUGUUAAUCUAAACUUAAGCAGGAGGAAACUUACCCGUGUUCAAUAGAUCUAAACUUGUAUAUAGCUCAUUCUCAAAAUUUUGAAGUUAAUCUUUUAAAAUAUCUGAAGAAUUAUGUUUUUUGUAAGUUUCUUUUGAUCAAGUAUUACAAACAAAACAACUAAAAACUGUAAUAAUGUAACCAGACCAAAAAAAAACCCUGAUUUGUUCAUUUUUACUGUGUUUUCAUUUCAAAGCAUAUUUUUGGUAGCCCUGUUAAAAUAAUGAAAUAGUAAAAUAAAUAAUUAUCUUUAGUGUUUAUAUAGUCAUAGACAACAUUUAGAAUAAAUGCCCCAUUUACAAUAACUUAUAGAAUCUCAGACUUUGGUCCCGGCCCAAUAUUAUCUGUGUUAUUAUCUGUUGUAACAAGAAUUCAAUUGAAUGAACUAAAAAGUCUUGGCUUCAGCCAAUUGUUUGGUAAAUUUUGAGUUUGUAAAGUAGCGUGUUUCUUCUUUUUGUUAUGCUGUUAAUUUACCAAAAUAAAAUGAAGUGAAGUGAACAUAACUGUGAGGAGGAAGAAAGAAGACACACACUUUUGUAAAAAAUAAAUAAAUAAAUGAAUAAGUACAGCCUUUAUUUUCAUGUAACAGCUGCAUAUCUGUUGAGGUGUGAUUUUACCAUCUGGGCACAUCAAGAG